UUGCUACAACAACAUUUUGAAUGUGACACAAAACAGUGCAUGCCACUUAUAUUCCAGUUUAUGUUAAAAUGGCGACUCAGAAGAAAAUACCCGUUCCCGUGUUUACAGAGGUGAACAGGGAUGUUUUUCUACGAGAGAUAUAUCCAAGGCGUAAACCAGCUGUGCUAAGAGGGGUGUGUUUGGGUCCCUGCGUGGACAAGUGGACCGUGGACUAUCUUGCCCAAAAAGGAGGGACCAAGGAGGUGAAAGUUCAUGUCUCCAGUGUGUCGCAGAUGAACUUCCUUCAAAAAAACUUUGUGUACAGGACUCUUCCGUUCGACGAGUUUGUGAAGAGGACGUCUGAGGAGAAACAUGCAGACUUCUUCUUGUGCGAGCACGAGAGCUAUUACCUUCGUUCCCUGGGAGAAGAUGUCCGAAAGGAACCCGCAGAUCUGUGGAAACAGUUCCCUGAGCUAGCGGAAGACUUUCACAUCCCACAUUUCUUUGAGCCUGGUCAGUUCUUCUCCAGCGUGUUCCGCAUCAGCUCUUGCCGUCUGCAGCUUUGGACGCACUACGACGUGAUGGAUAACCUUCUGGCUCAGGUGACGGGGAGGAAGCGAGUGGUCCUUUACAGUCCCCAGGAUGCAUUGCACCUCUAUUUGACAGGCGACAAAUCUGAGGUCCUGGAAAUUGACUCACCGGACGUGAACUUGUAUCCUGAGUUUGUGAAGGCAGUGAGAUACGAGUGUGUGCUGGAGCCUGGAGAUCUGCUCUUUAUUCCCGCCCUGUGGUUCCACAACACCCUGGCACUACAGUUCGGCGUGGGUGUCAACAUGUUCUGGCGCCAACUACCGGCCGACAGCUAUGACAAAAAGGACCCGUACGGCAACAAAGACCCUGUUGCCGCCAGCCGAGCCCUCCAAACCCUGGAGAGGGCGCUGCGCUGUCUCGACGAACUGCCCCCCGAGUACCGCGACUUUUACGGUCGCCGCAUGAUUCAGCAAAUCCGGGAGCGGACGUUCUGCGACUUUCAAUCAAGUUUACAGGCUGCCUCGGAGUGACUUUUACCUUGACAAAGUGGGAUCGACACAUUGGUAGAACUAAAGUUGUGAUCAUGUUGAUUGGUAAAAACUGGUCUGUGACAAUUUACCCCCACCCCCAACUUUGUAACAAAGUACGAGCUCUGGAAUUCACCCAAAAUUACUUCUUCAAACCAAAAUGGCUGACUUCUUGUUCCAUUUCUGGCAUGGGUCUUUGAGACUUUUCCUUGUCGUGUUAUGACAAAUAUGUUCACACAAUUUUGCAGAAAUCGGUAAAACUGGUGAGCUUAUUUAUAUAUUUUUUAACUUUCCAGGUAGACGGUAGUAAGGCAGUUUUGGGGUGCCGUGACGUGAGACUGAUACAACUGAACUGCACUCACCAAAGUACUGAUUUAAAAAAAAAAAAAAAAAAAGUAAAAGACACUAAGAUUAUAGACAGCUUGACCAUUUAAUUCAGUUAUUUGUCACAUACCACCAGAGGGAGCUCCUGUUGUGAUACACACCCAAUUUCGUGUUGUGAAGCUUGUGUUCUAGGCACAUACCCCCCCCCCACACACACACAAUUUCUUACAGGAUGCUAUUGAAUGAGUUUUCAGGCAUGUUGAGCCCCCACACUAAAGGCCAGUACUUCAUCAGAAGACGGGGACUUCUCAGGCCCUAAUAAAGAGUCACAAGCGAGAGUCAAUAGCAAAAUUGCAGCUCAAGUUUUGACACUUUAUUGCACAAAGAUGACCCUUGUUUGUAUGACAUGUUCAUAAUUAAAGCUUUUUUUUUUGUAAACAGUGAAGCAGCAUCACCCCUCAGUGUCUUUGACGUCUUCACCGCUUUGAGUCCCGGUUGUCACAUUUUUUCAGUUUAAUCUAAAUAGUUUGGCAUUGAAAUGCAGAGUGCGCAAAAAAAAAACAAGACUGUCCACUUUCAUUUACAAAAACAAACAAAGCACACACUUACUCA